AUGGCCACACAGACGAAGCAAACUGUGGCCAAGGUGAAGCUGGGCGGCGGCGGUCAAGAUGUAUCAAGGAUUAAGAAGAUCGAGAGCUCUAGCAAGCAAUUGGCUGAUUCGAAGAACAAAUCCGUUUCGACUUCGGUGAAAUCAUCUACAUCAAGUACAUCAAAAGCUACAACGACAACCAAAACUGCUAGAGUGAAGAAAGUCUUCUCCUUGGCUGGCCAGAAAUAUGAUCCACCUGAAGAGAGGGAGCCUGUUAGGAUUUUCUACGAGUCAUUGUCUGAACAAAUUCCAUCAAGUGAAAUGGCAGAAUUUUGGAUGAUGGAACAUGGGUUGCUGUCCCCUGAAAGAUCAAAGAAGGCAUAUGAGAAGAAACAGAGAAAGCAAAAGAUGCAACGCAUGGGCACUCCCAUUAAGUCUCCCAAAACACCAAGCAAACCCGAGAGUUCUUCUCACAGGCAGCAACAAGCAUCUACAAAGAAAGUUGAUAUAAAAUCCAAGAGAAGACUAGCCGAUGACAGUGAUGAUGACGAUAAUCUUGUACUAAGUGCAAAAAGAAGGAAAGGGUAA